AUGGCUGAUUCAUCUCAUAAACUAUUUUCCCUUCUAUGUCUACUCUUCUUCUCAACUACUUGUGUCCACUCUUCCGAUGCUUCCGUAGGAGUUGAAGUUGACCUCUCUUUCCUAAGAUAUUUGUGCGCAACCACCCCAUACCCAAACCUUUGCUUAAGUUCACUCAACAUCUCAAUAGACCCAUCUCCGUCUGCAUCUCCAUCUCCAUCUCCAUCUCCAAAUCCAAACAUAAACGACUACCUCAUUCACUCCCUCCAAAAAGCAGUAUCUGAAACCACAAACCUCAUAAAUCUCUUCAACAAUGUCGGAAAACCAAACAUCAUAGACAAGCAAAGAGGAGGAGGUGGACUUCGAGACUGUCGGGAACUCCAUCAAUCCUCAUUGGCUUCUUUGGAAGAAUCCAUAUCAGGCAUCCGUUCCUCCGACAUGGACACAACUGACGUAGCAAUCUACCUCAGUGCAGUCCUCACCAACAAGAACACAUGUUUAGAAGGCCUGGAUUCUGCUACUGGCACCAUGAAGCCCGUUCUGGUGAAGGCUGUGAUCAACACUUACAAGCAUGCAAGUAACUCUCUGGCAAUCCUCUCUAACCCAGCGAUGGGGACUGAUCCUGAAAACAACCCUUUGAAGGGUGAUCCAGAGUGGCUAACAAGCACUGACCAAAGCUUCUUCGAUGACUCGCAUGGUGAUGAGUAUGACCCAAAAGAAAAACUUGUUGUGGCUGUAGAUGGAACCGGGGAUUUUCGAACCAUCACUGAAGCCAUCAACUCUGCUCCAAUUAACAGCAUGGAGAGAAUAGUGAUCUAUGUCAAAGAAGGGAUUUAUGAGGAAAACGUGGAAAUCCCAUGCAAUAGGACCAACAUUGUGAUGAUUGGCGAUGGAAGUGAUGUCACUGUCAUAACUGGUAACAGAAGCGUUGGUGAUGGCUGGACCACUUUCAGAUCUGCAACUCUAGCGGUUAAUGGUAAAGGAUUUCUGGCACGUGAUAUAGCGUUCAAGAACAGCGCAGGGCCAAAGUCACAAGCAGUUGCCUUGAGGGUAAGUGCAGAACUUGCUGCCUUUUACAGGUGUGCAAUGGAUGGUUACCAAGACACUUUAUAUGUUCACUCCUGGAGACAAUUUUACAAAGAGUGUGACAUUUCUGGGACCAUAGAUUUCAUAUUUGGGAAUGCAGCAGUGGUUCUACAAGAAUGUAACAUUAUAUCGAAAGAACCAUUGCAUGGCCAAGCCACUGUCAUCACUGCACAGUCCAGAGAUGACCCAAAUGAGCCCAGUGGCAUCGUAAUCCAAUCAUGCAACAUCAAUGCUAGCUUUGAUAGCAGUAGUGUUAAGAGCUACCUUGGUAGGCCAUGGAGGAACUAUUCUCGCACCGUUUACCUCGAGUCCUUCAUUGAUGGCUUCAUUGACCCAAAGGGUUGGACAGAGUGGAAUGAUGAUAAGAAAAGAUUGGACACCUUGUAUUACGGAGAGUUUGAGAAUUAUGGACCUGGUUCCAGCACAGACAAUCGUGUAAAAUGGUCUGGGUACCAUGUAAUGACCGAUGAGGACGCCAACAAUUUCACAGUUUCAAAGUUCAUCAAUGACGAUGAUUGGCUUCAGGUUACUCAUUUUCCUUUUGAUUUAGGAAUCUGAUCAUAGAAUAUAUUUAGUUUGGUAAUUGUUAUGCUACUAGAAAUUGUC